AUGGGUCCCUGGGCGAAUCCACAAAAUGUGGACAUUAAAGAAGUCGGAGGAGGCCUCAGCAAUUACUUAUAUGUGGCCAGUCUAAAAGUCGGCUCUGGCGACUUCAGCAAUACGAUCCCCACGAAAGUGUUCAUCCGCGUCUACGGUGAACUUCUGCGCAGUAACAUGAAUACGAUCAUCCUUGAUGCAGUCCUGUUUGCCCUCCUCUCAGAGAAGCGUCUUGGCCCCAAACUCUACGGUGUCUUUCCUGGGGGUCGAAUUGAAGAGUUUGUUGAGGUUAGUAUUUUUCGAUUGCCGUGA